UUUUUAGGUAAGCAAGUUCAUCGAGUUAACAAUUUAAUUUAAAAAUGAGACCGCAAUUGUAUCGUGUUUCCCCCCAAAACAUCCCUUUGGGAAGUUGCAAUGCAUCGUAUUUUGCUAUUCAAAGUUCAGCCUGCGGUAUAAUCGGCUACAUUUGCAAUAAAGUUGCUUAUCUUUCCUGUAUAUUCCAUCUAUACUCAUACAUAGUGUCAGAUUUAAGUGUAAUCUAGCCAUAGCUUAAAGCCACUGUUCAAGCGGCCUACGUAAAUUCGAGUCUAGAAUAUUUAAAUUUGUUUGGAAUGCUUUGCAUUCUGGAAUGCCACAAACUGUUAAUCCAGUUGCAUCUUAUACUUGAAAUGCUAGUUUUAUUAUUGUACACAAUGGCAUUUAUAGAAAUUUUAACGCUUUCUUCACAUAUUUUAGCCCUUGAAAAUCAUAUAAAAUCUACAAUUAAUCGCACUAAUUGUUAUAGAGAAGAUGCCUGACAACCAAUAAGUCAACGUGCUAUAUGAACUUUGGACCCCCGGUUUAGUGACAAUGAAUACGGAAACCUCGUGUUGUAAAUAUUUAGAGCAUUAGUAAUGAAUACCAGAUGAACAAAUUUUUAGUUAUAAAUUAAAUAUUUUGAUAGUUACAAGAGUUAUCUACAGUAAAAUACAACGUGACAGAUUUAAUCCUUGUUAACUGAUAGUUUUAAUUGUUAUAUAAAAAUUAGUCGUUAGCUUUGGGUUUUAUGCUUAAUCAUGAUGAUCAUAGUGGAUAAAGGACGUGCAUGGAUUAUAGCAUUUUCGUCGUUCUGGACCAUGUUAACUGUACUUGGAAUACACAGAAGUUCAGGAGUACUGUUUACAUCUAUGAUGAAUGAUUAUAAUGUAUCCAGAGAAUCGGCAGCUUGGCCAUUUUAUUUACGAAAAACUGUGGGAUUUUUAUCAGCGAAUCUAGUGGGAUUUAUAAAUGGAUACUUUUCAAUGAAGUGCCAAAUGUUUGUGGGAUUAUUGUUGAGCGCUGUAGCUAUGUUUGCUCUAUAUUUUGUUGAUGAUAUUUUAUCUAUAACGUUAAUAUUCGGCAUUUUGUAUGGUGUGGGUUCUGGUAUAGUAAUGAUGUGCAAUUUGAUCUCUAUCAAUAAAUUCUUCUCUAAAUACCGUACUGUCGCACAGGGUAUUAGUUUAGCUGGAAAUUCAACAGGAGCAUUCAUUUUACCGCCUUUAAUCGAAUAUUUUAUUGAUAAUUAUGGAUUACGUGGCACGUAUCUUAUGCUGACAGGUGUUGUGUUACAGGGUUUCAUAGUGGUAAUGAUGUAUGAAGAUUCACCAUAUCAAAAGCCAGAGAACUUAACUGAGUUAAGUAUAUCAGAAUCUAUAGAAAGAAAUUUAAAAGAACGUCCUUCAAGCAACGAAUCAGAUACAAAGAUAUCAAAGCAAUUAAGAAAAACCUGUUUGUAUAUAUUCAAAUGCCCAAUGUUUCAUGUGAUAUGGAUAACGUAUACAACGUUUGAUUUUGUUUUUCAGACAUUCCUAACCGUUAUAAUAGAUCAUGGUGCAGAUUGUGGAAUCAAUGAACACAAAGCUGUGUAUUUUCUGUCUGCUUUAUCCGUUGUGGAAUUAAUUGGUAGACUAGGAGGAGGAUGGAUUGUGGACUUUCAACUAAUCAAACGCAAAAAUAUAAUUAGAAUAUCGUUUAUGUUAUAUGCAAUGAUAUAUAUAUCAUUGCCCUUCCUGCAUACUUAUGUGAUAAUGAUAGUUUUAACAGCACUGAUUGGUCUCAUUGGCAGUUCUGUUACCAUUAAUGGUUCUGCCUUAUUUGCUGACUAUGUAGGAUUAGAAAAUCUUCCUAUGGCUUUAGGUUUCUCUGCCAGUUUGACUGGUUUAAUUGGUUUAAUCACUCCAAGGAUAAUAGGGCAUAUCCGAGACACAACGGGAAGCUACAAUUUAUUAUUCUUUAUAUUUGGAGCGGCAUCCUUGUUUGUGACCUUAAUGUGGAUGGCAGAACCACUGUUCGUGAUGCUACAAUUAAAAAUACAUCGCAAACCUUAUACUAUAAAUUGUGCAUAAUGUUAUUUAAUUUUAUAUAAGUUUAUUAUAUUUUAAAAAUUUGUUUAUAAUUAAAAAAAAAAAAAGGUGUUGAAAGUAGUCUUUGAAUUGUUUCACUCGGGGCUACAGAGUUGGUAAAAAAGACACUAGAUUCUGAUUCACUACUCAGGCAAAAUUAAAUACCAAGUCAUUUUAUGGAAGCAGAGGCACUCAUAGGGGAAUACUCUAUUCUCAACUCUAAAAGGAGCCUGGGGCAUUUACC